AUGAAACAUUCUAGAAACGAAAUAUUAAAAUACAAUGUUGGCUCUUACAUGAAAAGAAGACAUUAUUCGGAUAAUGAAAAUUUUAAAAAGUCUGAUUUAGUUUUAUUAAAAACUGUAUCUCAUUUAACAUUAUCAUCGGUUGUCGAGAAUGAAUCGUCUCAUGCGAAUUCAAUUUUAUAUAGUUGUAUAAAUAAUGAUCCUUCAGUAGCCGAAUCACAAUUUUUAAAAUUAAAAAAUUGGAUAAACGAAUUAACUAAUACUACAGUUAAAAAUGAAUUAAAAGAAUUAUUAUUUCCAUUAUUAUGUCAUUUGUAUAUUGAAAUGCUAAGAGGGGGUCACAAAAAUGCGGCAGGAACUUUUCUUAAGAAAAAUCAAUCGAUUAGUACGGAAGAAGAGGCGAUAUUAAUGUUAGAAGAAUUGGCAAGCAUUGAAAGUACAAAAGAUAUUGAAGAAAAAGAUAUUGUUCAAAAUCUUAGGUCUUCAAAGUAUUCAUUAACAUUAUCGUCUACAUCGAUUGAAAUAUUAAAACAGUAUUUAGUUAGGCAUUCGCAUAUAAUAUUAUUACAAAUGAUAAAUUGUUGGUUUGAUUUCGAAGAAAAAAAAACUCAGGAUGCGAAUGUAAUAGAAUCGGAGGAAAACGAAGUCAUUAAUCAGCCUUGCAACGGUUAUCCUGAAAUUCAACAAUCGGAUGGAGAUUUAGCUAAACUAGAAGAAAUAAUUAAAUUAGUCAAUGAAGUACCAUCGACUAGUGGUCCUUUACUUUUAUAUUCCGUUUAUAACCCUGACAACAGUAUAACAUGUGGGCAGAUAUCCGAGGAUACUCUGUAUUUAGCAGCUGGUUUAAGUACAUCGGAAUUACAGUUGUGGAGUUUAACGGAAAAUAAACGGUUAAGUAAAAAACCUUGCUCAAGUUCCAAAAUAAGAUUGGCUGUCGAUAUUGAUGAUUCAACUGUUGAGACUGAAAGUAAAAAUAUAAGCGAACCAGUAAGUAGCAUCACACUUAGAAGUCAUUCGGGUCGAGUUCAAGAUUUAGCUUUCAUACCUAAUAAUGAUUUAUUACUAUCUGUUUCAAUGGAUAAAACAAUGCGUGCCUGGGACCUGAAAUCUUAUUCUUGUCGAGCGGUGUACAGGGGACACAAUUAUCCCAUAUGGGCAAUCGAUGUAAGUCCUUUGGGAGUAUACGUAGCCACAGGAUCUCAUGAUAAAACUGCUCGACUAUGGUCACUUGAAAGAAAUUAUCCUCUUAGAAUUUUUGCUGGUCACGUACAAGAUGUAGAUUGUUUGAGAUUUCAUCCUAACGGUAGUUAUUUAGCAACCGGAUCAUCCGAUAAGUCUGUUAGAUUGUGGUCUACUUCUUCUGGAGAAUUAAUGAGAGUAUUACCUGGACACAGAGGAGGGAUUUAUGCUCUUUCUUUUAGUCCGAAUGGAAAAUUAUUAGCGUCUGCUGGUGAGGAUAGAAGGAUAAAAAUUUGGGAUAUAGCAAGCAGUAAUGUAAUAACAGAAUUAAAAGGACAUUCUGGUACAAUUACAAGCCUAGAUUGGAGUCCGAACGGUGAUUUUUUAGCAUCUUGUAGUUUCGAUAAUACAUGCAGAAUUUGGAAUGUCAAAAAUUGUUCAAGCAGUGAUGAACACAGUGCACUACAACCAGAAAUACAUAAUUUAACGUGUAAUUCUUUGUUUUCCGUUAAAUAUUCAAAACGAAAUACUCCUAUUUGUGUAGCCGGAGUAUACUUGAUCGUUGAAAAAAAUUGUUAA